GACUCUUCCAUUCUCAUCAGAGCAUAUCAUGCCUUUGCGUCUUAUCCAGUUAUGACUGCACGAUGACUGUGGAAUCCGCGAACGCAGAUCACAAUGUACCUCCCUCGUGGGAUACGUCUUCAGAUCUCUUCCUAGACUAUACCACUAAUGCAACCAAUGGCACCCUCGUCUACAACAUCCCGCGUCUCAUCAUUUCAAGUGCGCUGCUGCUGAUCAUCAUCAUGGCGGUUAUAUUUGGCAAUAUCCUGGUGCUUCUUGCAGUUCUUAUGGAGAGGAAGCUUCGCACCGUAACAAACUAUUUCAUUUUCAAUUUAGCAGUAGCUGAUCUCCUCUUGGGAACCCUUGUUCUUCCAUUUUCUGGAACCCUAGAGGUUAUCAGCUACUGGCCAUUUGGUCAAAAGUUUUGCGACGUGUGGGCGGCGGUCGAUGUCCUUUGCUGUACCGCGUCCAUUAUCAGUCUUUGCGUUAUCAGCAUUGAUAGAUACAUUGGUGUUACAAGGCCAUUGAAACAUAAACUCAUAGUCACACCGCGGAGGGCGCUGCUAGUGAUAGUCUUGGUGUGGAUAUUAUCUUUUGCCAUUGCAGUUGGGCCAUUGUUUGGGUGGAGACCAGACAAAGAUAAUCCUUUACAAUGCCCCCUUUCGGACUCAAUAGAUUAUGUCUUCUUUUCGGUCUCUGGGUCUUUCUACAUUCCAUUGAUUGUCAUCAUUGUCCUAUAUAUUCGCAUAUACCAAACUGUUUCUGGAGAAUACAAAAGUAGGCACAGCGGGAAGUCUCACGGCUCGCCAUCAACAAGUUCGGAUAAAGGUAGCCCAAAUGGGGUAGUACUGCGGAUGCAUAGGGGAAGUGUUCAGACGCCUCCUGGGCAUCAGCUGGUGAGACGACAAAAUUCAGCAAACAAUCUUCUAAGGCCUUCCAGAACUGCGUCACAAAGAUCAGUUACCUUCAAUCGCGAGAAGAAGGUGGCUAAAACACUCGGGAUCGUUGUCAGCGUCUUCUUCUUGUGUUGGUUUCCAUUUUUCUUCCUGCUUCCCUUAACUUCUGCCUGUACAAGUUGCUAUGUUCCACCCCUGGCCUUCAACAUCUUCUUCUGGCUUGGCUAUUGCAACAGCUUCAUGAAUCCUCUGAUCUAUGCGGUGUCCAACAUGACAUUUCGAAGGGCGUUCAAGAAGAUCCUUUCAUGUCAGUACUGCCAGGAUUGUCCGUGUGGUCCAACUAGUGCACCGCGUAAGAUUUAUAGUUCUUCAAAUACACGCACUAGGACAAGAACAAGAGACAGCUUGCAGUAUAAUUCCGUACCCACUUGUAAUGAUUAUGACUUGAAAGGGCAGGAUGAGGUUCUUCAGGUCGUUGUUGGAAGAAGGGCGUCUUCUGCAUCAGAAGGCCACAUAGGAAAAGACGAGAUACAGGAGCUAUUGCCACGCUCAGCCUUGCGAAGAACGUUAUCUGAUGCAGGGAGGCCAGUUGACUGCAAAGUGCUGUAUGCACGGUUGGCUGCAGGUGCAGACGCCUCGCUCAGUACCAUUACAGAAGUCCAAGAACAGCCUGAACAUGAGGAGCAAGACUUUCAUGAACGUGGUCACAGAAUCUAUCACUUUUCCAGCAGUAGUGAAGAUUUAUCACUGUGUUCAUCUCCAAGUCAUUCAUCACGAAACCCAGAGAGUUCCUCAGCCAGCGAAGGCGUACAAGUCACUGGCCCUCGUGGUACGAACCUCUUCGUCACUAAUGCUGUAAUAAAUCACACAGAGUCGGAUUCCACAGGAACGCCGAAACAUUGCAGUUCUGUUCAUAACAUUGAGACCCAAGAAAGUUUAGAAUCGAACACGAAAAAGAAUAAUAAUACUUUAAUCACAUGCAGACAGAGAGCAACGAGGGAAUUUAACAAUCGACAAGAUCCAAGUCGACUAAUUUCCAUAGAGACAUCUCUAUGAUCUUCAAGUCUUUAUUAACGGUAGCAACGCGCACUGUAAAACAAAAGACGGGAUCCUUAGGUAGCUCAUACCUUGAAAAGAUGCAAGUUGUUUUGAAGAUUAAGUGCGCAAGAAAGUAUAGAAAAUAGUUGGAUCUUUAAUCAAAAGGAAUGAUAUUUUAGUAUUUUAGUUUUUCAAUAUCAUGCAUGUAAUGAUUAUUUUCAUAUUCAUCGUGAUAAUUUAUUCAUUGUGUUAAUUUAGGACCACGAAUUCACUUCAGACAGAUGUAAUUUGUCGACUCUACCAAAUGAAAUAUGUACUGUCAUUUGGUGGUAAACGGCACAAAGGGAACCUUUUGCGGGAAGUCACCAAAUCAUCCUCGUCCCCUUCAAAAUCUGUUCAUAAAUAAUAAUAUAUUGGAGUUUUUUGUAAAGGUAAAAUGGUCAUUAGGAAUUAGAAGUGCCAAAACAUAAACCCAUGCCAAGGAGUUUUUUUGUCUCGUCUGCAUAGCAUCUUAGAAAGUAUAUAAACCUAGUUCAUAAAACUUGGACAAAAAAUAAUCAAGUAUUACUUAACAUCCUGCUUGAGUUUUAGGUAACAUUGAGGUCAAAGUUCAUAUAGGUUCAAUGAACUUAGACCAUGUUUUGGGAAUCAACAUCAACAUCUAAACCUAACAUGCCUAAGGUUAAAUAUUUGAAAUGUCAUCAUAACAUAAAAAGUAUAUGAACCUAGUUCAUUAAACUUGAACGUAAGGGUAAUGAAGUAUUACUAAAUGUCCUGCCUGAGUUUCAAGUCAAAUGACAAAGGUCAUAGGUCAUUUAGGGUCAACAAACUUUCACCAAGUUGGGGGUAUUUGUUGAAUUACUAUCAUAACUUUUAAAGUUUAUGGAUCUAGUUUAUUAAACUUGGACAUAAGAGUAAUCAUGUUUCGUCGAUCAUCCCGUGCUAGUUUAAUCUCACAUGACCAAGGACAUUUAAGGUCAACGAACUUUGACCAAGUUGGUGGUAUUUGUUGAAUUACCAUAAAUCUAAAAGUUUAUGGAUCUAGUUCAUAAAACUUGUACAUAAGAGUAAUCAAGUAUCACCAAACAUCCCAUGCGAGUUUCAGGUUACAUGUUUAAAGUCAAAGGUCAUUUAAGGUCAAUGAACUUUGGCUAUGUUGGGGUUAAUUUUGAAUUGCCAUCAUAACUUUGAAAUUUUAUGGAUAUAGUUUAUGAAAUGUGGACAUAGGGGUAAUCUCGUAUCACUGACUAGUCUUAUGUCACGUGAUCAAGGUGAUCGUGAUCAAAUUCAUUUAGGGUCAAUGGACGUAGUAUUAUAUCAUUAUAUGAAUGGUGUUUUUUUGUGAACGAUUAUUUUAUAGUAGUUUUCAAAGUCGGCACUGCUGCUAUAAUGAAUCGCGUAAUGCUGACGAGACCGCCAGAGGCGCUCCAUUUGUUUUUAUUUAGUCUUAAGAAAUUGUUUCAGCUUUUCUUUUCCUCUCAUCAAGGAUAUGGCAAAAUGAUUUUGAACUUAUGAGCAUUAUUAGUGAAAACCUCUCAAUAUUUCAACUUUGGCCGGUAUUUAAACGAUCUAAAGACCAUCAUAGCUUGUCAUAGGUCUAGUCAAGUCGUUUGUAAAGUCAUGCCCAUAACUUCGCGGGGAGCUUUAUCAAACAGCCUCAGACUAACUUCGUGAUGUGGUGAAGGAAUUGGCCCCAUUUCUUUCAAAGCAUUUCUCUUUGCACAAAAUAAUUUUGCCACAUUUCCAACGGCCAUACCCCCAAACAAGAAAGAAAGUCAGUCGAAAACCGAGUAUGGCUAAAUGGCUACCGUAUAAAAUCCAAGGAUCAUUAUUUUCAAAAGAUAAUUUCCCCUGAAAAAUAGAACGUUUGUAAGAAUAUCUCAAGGGGGAAAAAUCAAUCAACAAAAUGUACAUGUAUCUACGGUAUCGGCGUAGAGAAAGCCCUGAAACUGACAUGACCAACAUGACCAAUGGAGAUGAAUAGAAUUGAGUUGAUGAAGAUAAACACCUAUAACAGUUUGAUCUACAUGAGGCCUACUCACACCUACAGUCUGCAGUAAAUUCUGGCCAAAAAUUUGGUACUGUUUGACGACAUAAGGCAGUUUGCGACCCACUGAUCGCCGAUUUACUUGCUCUCCCCACUGUAACAUUAAGUAUCGCUUGAGAAUUUUGGUCUUGGUUUUAAGCAGCGUCCUUUCGGGAGUAUGGUGAUUAACAUAUGAAGGCGCAAAGUUCGCAACCAUAAUACUCAAUUUGGUGACAUACAGUUGCCGGAAAAGAUUAACCAACACGUCAACUUUAAUGCUGUCUUAUUAAAGUGGUCUUAUUGGCAAUCAGUUGGUGCAAAAAUCACUAAAAGUCGCGUAAAAAUCAAGUGUAUUACAAUGCAAGCAAAGAACGAGGACGAACGAGAAACAGACGACUAUGACUAACGAUCCAUGAAAGAAAACCCGUGCCUGCCCCUUCUCGACAACUUCGAAAAUAACAAGGACAAUGACCCGAACUUGACAGAAAAAGUACGUUGUCGACGAGAAGGUCUUUUUACAUAAUAUAAAACGACGAAACUGGAUACAAUAAUGCCAUAAUGAAGAUAAUACUGUGAUUGUAACUCAAAAGUACGAACUUUGGAGAUCGGUUACCAGGACCAGUUUACCCUUACGACUUCCUCAUGACUUCCAAGUGGAUGUGUAACGCCGUAUUGGGGAGUGCUGUUAGUAGCCUGCUGCCUAUUCAAUUUGGCAUCAAUCCAGGGGACGGAGAACAACAAUAUUUCAGGGUGGAAACACAUUAAGAUCAGUUGGGAGGACUGACAGACCAAAAGAAAUGGAUACACGGACAAUGUAUUAUAAACACCUUUAAACCGUAUAAAGUAAUUAAAAGACCACUGGACUUGAAUUAACUCAGUGCCGAUUAAAACGUCUUCAUUUUAGAUCUCUGCUUGCAGACUUUAAUCAACCUGUUGAAUAUUGAAUUUCGUAAUUCCGAUGGGUUUUGUAAGGGAACCACCCCGUACCAGGAGCCAAAUUGGUUAAAACGAGUGAAAGAUCAGGAAGUUGAAAACCUGUUUCGGAGAUCUUUUCAAUUAAAAUAAAUGCAAAUGGCUCCGCCGUUAUUUAGGUGAUAAUGUAAGACAAUGAUGACGCGAAUUCAGAAAUGUAAGACUAGAGCAAAAGCUUAGGUAAUUUUUGUUUUACACGACGUACUUCCUUCAAAACGACCGACAUGCACGGACAAACCUUGCUGUUGUCUUAUAAGACUAGUAUCGUUAUGCAUUUAAAUCAUCUUUGCACACCCUCGUCUCGACCUGUCGACCUUAAGGCCACCACAUCAUAGAUCAAAAAAGAAAGAAAAAAUGUAUUUUCCAUAACUGGAUGCUUUUGGGGGUGGGGUAAUGGCCAAAUUGAUUUCAAUUCAAGGCCAAUUGCUUUAAAAUCAUCACGAUUAGAUAUUGAAUUUGCUUUCAUUAAAAAAAAAAAUUUCAUGGAUAAUGUGUAUUUAUUCGAUUAAGAACUUUGCUAAGGAUAGACCCUUUGCAUUGACAUCAUGGCACGCCCAUCUUAGCUGGCACAUCUCUGACAACUCCGUUUACGCGUUUUUCCUGUAUUAUCUUUGGAAGGGCACAAUGAGAUUAUGACUAAUAUGCAUAAGGUGUAUGUGCCAUGUUUUAGCCCAAGCUCCCCCUUUCUCUUGAUGAAUAAAACCUUGAUCCAUCGUAAGAUUGUCACUGAAAAAAACCCCAUUUAUGCAUCAUGUAUAUUUGUCACCCUAAGAAUUCCAAGACCAACGAACGACCGGUCUGUGGACUAACCAUUAUGACCAUAAGUUUGAUUUUCUUAAAACUAGACAUGGACUUGAACUCGCGAAUACCCAUUAAAACCACCUGACUAGAAUAUCCAUGAACAAUCACGAGACUUCCGGUUUAGCUUCCAGACAAUAAAUUUUGGACAGCAAGUGCUAGUUGAAUGUAAACGCAGACAUGACUCCCAAAUCCCAGCCAGAUCAUCUGCCAUUCAGGUACCAUGACGUACAGUUUAACUAAUGUUGACAUUUGACACUUCCACUUUUGCGAUGAUAUCGACCGUAUCGACCAAUUUAGUAUAGCGGUCGGGUGAUUUAAUUUCGUUGAUUUAUCUGGACUGCCGCACAUACCUGAGUCUAAAUCGAACAUCAUUCCUAUGACUACUUAUCAAAACAGUUACCCCAUCUUUGCUUUUUUAAAAUGUGGCUCCCCUACGAAAAACUUAAACUACUUUUGGGAACUUUCAUUGAAAAUUUAUAAUAACCUACAUCCGGGAAAUAUCACUUAUCCCGAAUCUUUAUAUAAGGAGUAACCAAAUAGUGAAUAUGUUGGAGGAGGCCUUAUGGAAUGUAGUCUCGGACGACGGUACUGUACUUCACUCACCUGACUUAAUUCGUGUCAAAGUUUUCGAGACAUCGUCACCGACCACUAUUUCUCUGAAAUCUCUGGUUUUGAUUCGUCAAGAAGUAAAAGUAUCUUACUGUUAAUAUGGUUAUAUCAAAGAAUGGAAAGUAUCGGUGCCGACGAGCUUCGUGAAACUGUGCACUAUCUAGUCAUGGAAUAAUUGAC